AUGUCGCAGUCUGUCAGCCCCGAAGAACCAGAGGUCUAUGAAAGUGACUUGAAGCAACAAGAAAUUGAUGAAACACCCAAAGAUGAGAGGUUCAACAAAAGUCUUAAUCGGUUUGAAAGGUCACUUGAGUCUGUUGAGGAGCAAAUCGUACAUUUGAUUGUGGCUCGGGAACCACAAGUUCAAUUUGAACCCAAACUUGAACUCAUUACACAUGGUUUAGCGGAUGUGAUGAAAGUUAUGCGCAUCAUGGAGGACAUGAUCAAACCUUUUGAGACUCAAAAAAGUGAUGGCGGUAUUGAUUGGGGCAUUGUCCAAUCCAAAAUCAAGAGACAUACAAUGAUUUUUCAAAACCUUAUAGCGGCAUGUGGGACUGGGGAGCCUCGUAUCAUAGCGGACGAACUAAAUUAA